GUCAUCCCACUACACGGUUUCAUCAUCACCAUCACUCAUAAUCUCUCUCUCUCUCUCUCUCUUACUAUCUCAAGAUCAAGAUUCAAGAUCACUACUCAAUCCUCCAAGAUGACAUUGAGCACAGUCCACCAGAAAAUUAUUGCAUUACCAGCAGUCAAGACUGCUCCUGCAGGUUACUUGCCUGAUCCAACUUCCAUUAACAAGCUCCAAAUCCCAUCUCCUUCCAAGAAGUCUGAACAAAGCAAGAAAAAAUCGAUUCUCCGAACCAAUAGCUUCACCAAUGGAACUAAAGAUCAAAGCAAGUUAGGACCAAAGCUAACUGAAACAGUAAAGAGAAAGAUAUCCCUAGGAGCUAAGAUACUUCAAAUGGGAGGCUUAGAGAAGAUCUACAAGAGGCUCUUUAGAGUCUACGAUGAAGAGAAACUCUUCAAGGCCUACCAAUGUUACCUAUCAACAACAGAAGGUCCCAUUGCAGGCUUACUCUUCAUCUCGUCAAAGAAGAUUGCUUUCUGCAGUGAGAGAUCUAUCAAAGUGGCUUCACCUCAAGGAGAUCUGACUAGGGUUCACUACAAAGUGUCAAUCCCUUUGUGCAAGUUCAAGGGAGUGAACCAGGGUCUGAACACAAAGAAACCAUCUCAGAAAUACAUUGAAGUAGUCACGGUCGAUGGCUUUGACUUCUGGUUCAUGGGAUUCAUGAGCUACCAGAAAGCAUUCAACUGUCUCGAGCAAGCACUUUCUCUCGAGCUAUAAGCCGAAGGUUGAAGAGGAAAUAUUUCAUUUCUAAUUUAAUAUAUUUUUCAAUCCAAGAAUGUUAAUUAGGAAAGAGCCUAGAAAAUUCAGACAAUAUUGUACAACCUUUUUUU